AUGAUGCUCAUAAACUAUAUUUUGGUAAUAACAAUACUACCAGCAGCAAUUGUUGUUACCGAUGGAAGGAGUAAAUCCAAGCCUUCCAUUUCAAGACUCAAUUCGUUAUGGCUUUCUCACUUCUGGCGAAGAGUAUCAAGCACUUCGGAGCGCAUCUUCGAAAAGCUAGUACCAAGGAUUGUUCAUUUUGCUCGAAUUCCCCUAAUUUUCCUGCUGCUGGCUGCAUUUGCCUCAUCUGUCUAUGCCAUCGUCAAACAACCGGGUAUCCGCUUGCCAGAGAAAAAUUCGAUGCAGGUUCAAUUCUUGCGCACCAGUCAUCCCUACGAAUGGUUUGAUGAGAAUGCCGCGACGCUAUUUGAUUUUUCGAACGGUCAACGACUGAAAAUGAGUGUUGUCGCGAUCUGGGGCAUCAGACCAACAACAACUGCAAGUGCUCUGAUUCCGAAUGAUACUGGAUUGCUGGAUGUGGAUGGAAAAUUCACUGAUGUUCUUGCCAGCAAUCUUAUGGAAUUCCAGACCCUGCUGAAACGUCUUAGUUAUCAAUCAAGUCCGGGCGUGAAGCCUAACUUAUGGCUUGACAAAUUUAUCAAAUGGACACAGCUGAAUACAACCUCUCGAGGAUGCAAACUGUUGAGUGAGAGACGAAACGAAACAUUUACGAAUCGACAGCCUUCCGGCGAUAUGUUGACACGUUGCUUCUUGCUUUAUGGUCAAACUGAGUCACUACCAGUCUUCAACGAACUCUCUGCAACGAAUAGUGAUGGGCCAAUUUUUGACAAAAAUGGCAUAUUGUUGGCUUAUUAUUUGGUAGCACAAAGCAAAUACAAUUUUUCAACAGUUUUCAACGAAAUGAAGCCAUUUUUUGAUUUUCUAGCCGAGGCACGCCGUAUGGUACAGAGUUCCGCCAUUUCGGGUAAAGCUUUUUUGUGA